CAGCCUUUCAUGUGUAUGCAGCUUUAUGAGAGGCUCACUCUAAAUAUUCACCCAUGGGUGUCUCUCCGCGGUCAACAGAAGAUCCCUCCCUUACAAUUUACCAAAGACAGCCCACUGAAUCUCGUGAAGCUUCAAGUUUGGAUGUGAGAUUCGGCACGUAGCGUAUAGCUGACUUUUUACAAAUCCAACCCAUCCAUGGCCCACGGAUUAGCUUAAAUUUCAGACGGAGGCUUUUUCAGACGCAUCCUCUCUCAGUUGAACGGAGCAGGGAGAAAACGCCGGGGGGCAGCCUUUCUGCAGCGAGAUGCUCUUCUCAAGAAUGGAGCAUCUGUGCUGGUGUUUACUGUUGUUAAGCAGUCUACAGUCUGUCUCAGCAGACUUCUUCACAUCCAUAGGUCAAAUGACAGAUUUGCUAUAUACAGAAAAGGAUCUUGUCACUUCACUAAAGGAUUACAUUAAAGCGGAAGAGAACAAGCUGGCUCAGAUCAAACAGUGGGCUGAUAAGAUGGAUUCACUGACCACUACAGCCACUAAAGACCCUGAAGCUUUCCUGGGACACCCUGUAAAUGCCUUUAAGUUGGUAAAAAGGCUUAAUACUGAGUGGGGAAACUUGGAAAGCCUUGUGCUUAGUGACACCACAGAUGGAUUCAUUUCCAACUUGACCAUCCAAAGGCAGUACUUCCCUUCUGAUGAGGACCAGACUGGAGCUGCCAAAGCCCUUCUGCGGCUACAAGACACUUACAGGCUGGAUUCCAACACAAUCUCCACAGGCGAUCUACCUGGAGUGACAUACAAGAGCCGCAUGACAGCAGAGGACUGCUUUGAGCUUGGAAAAAUUGCUUACACUGAGGUAGAUUACUACCACACAGAGCUUUGGAUGGCACAGGCCCUGAGACAGCUUGAGGAAGGAGAAGAGUCCACUCUGGAUAAAGUGACUGUGCUCGACUACCUCAGUUAUGCUAUUUACCAGCAGGGGGAGAUGGAGAGGGCCCUGGACUACACCAAAAAGUUGCUUGCCAUAGACCCAGAACACAAGCGUGCCAACGGUAAUCUGAAGUACUUUCAAUUUCAAAUUGAGAAGCAGAAGAAGGCUGCAGAGGAAGAAGGUGCAAAAGAAGACCUAGAAACUGACAAAGUUGAAGUAACAAAGAAGAAGAAGAAGAGAUCUGCAAAGGCUGAAUUCAAGCUUAUUCCAGAGAGAAAGAAGUAUGAGAUGCUCUGUCGGGGAGAAGGGAUUAAAAUGACCCCGCGCAGGCAGAGUCGGCUUUUCUGUCGUUACUAUGACAACAACCGUCACCCCAGACUUUUACUAGCUCCUGUCAAGCAGCAAGAUGAGUGGGACAAGCCCUACAUUGUCCGCUACCUUGACAUAAUCUCUGAUGAAGAAAUUGCUAAAGUCAAACAGCUUGCAAAGCCUAGGCUGCGCAGAGCCACCAUUUCCAACCCCAUCACAGGCGUUCUGGAGACGGCUCAUUAUCGAAUCAGCAAAAGGCGAGCCACGGUGCAUGACCCUCAAACUGGGAAACUUACCACAGCCCAGUACAGAGUCUCCAAGAGUGCUUGGCUUACAGGCUAUGACGAUCCAGUAGUUGAGAUGAUCAAUGAACGUAUUGAGGACAUCACAGGUCUGGAAAUGGACACAGCAGAGGAGCUCCAGGUCGCUAAUUAUGGAGUGGGUGGACAGUAUGAACCCCAUUUUGACUUUGGAAGAAAAGAUGAGCCGGAUGCCUUCAAAGAGUUGGGCACUGGGAACCGUAUAGCAACAUGGCUUUUCUAUAUGAGCGAUGUUUUAGCUGGUGGAGCCACAGUUUUUCCAGAUGUUGGAGCAGCAGUUUGGCCUCAAAAGAGUAGUGCAGUAUUUUGGUACAACUUAUUUCCUAGUGGGGAAGGAGACUACAGUACCCGGCAUGCAGCAUGUCCUGUACUAGUGGGCAACAAAUGGGUAUCCAACAAAUGGAUUCAUGAAAGGGGUCAGGAGUGGCGGCGACCUUGCAGCCUGAAUGAAACGGAUUGAAUUGGAAAAUACCCUCCUCUUGUUCCCUUUGGUCACUUCCGACUGUUCCACCCUGGACCAAAUCCAGACCUCUGCAUACUAUGACAUACAGAUAGAUGGAAUCCUAAGGGCCUCUCUUUUGUCAAACACUCCACUGGUUUACAGAGCCGGGGUCACAGCACGGAGACUGUUUAGGGUAACGUUGAGCUCCUGGAGAAUAGCGUUAGCAUUGCUGUGACUGAUGAUGCUUCCCUGCUUGUUGGUGGAGUUGGAGAAUUGUCCCCACUAAACUACACACUGCACUCCAAAUGAACUCUCUCCCCGUGAUGACUUGGCUCAUGAUUUAGUUUUUAACCCCAGACUCUUCACAGGCUGUUUGAAACAUAGGAUAAAUUAAUUUCAAGUGCACUGCUAUUAACUCACUUCUAGUUUAGUUUAAAAUUUAAAGGUGCACUGUAUACUUUUAGGUUGGGGAUCUUGUUUCUGUGGUUAUGUCAUUGUUCUGCCUAGAAUGCUUCAUAGUAUGACAUUGAACAGCUCUACCUUUACAUUUCUUCAAUUACAGGUGGUUUUAGAUCUCAAAAAUACCAAGAAAAACAGGCAUUCUGACUAUGAGCAGGGUUGCCUCCUCACAGAUUUGACCUGUAACUUGGUCAGGUUUGAUGAAGAUAGAAGGGUUUAAUGCCAUACUGUGGAUCAUUCCAGACAAAGCAAUAACAUCUCCAUGGAGAAAAGCAUUUGACAGACACUCCACCAGAAAAAUUACACAAUGCACCUUUAAGGCAUCAUAGUUGGUCAUGUAAAACAAAAUACAUUUAAAGUAUAAUAUAAUAAUUUGGCCUAAAUAUUGCUUAUGUUUGCGCCCAAAUAAACUGUUGCUUUCACGCACCACACUUUCUACUGACAAGAAUAAACGGGCUAUUUUUUAUAAUGAUGCAAUGCAACAAACCUAGUGCUCUGAGUAUUUGAAUAUAUUGCAUUUAUUUAUGUGUCCCACUCUUUGUGUUCUUUAAAUCCUGUUUUAAAUCAUUGGAGUUGUUUUUCUAUAAUAAAGAUUGUUUUGAUAGUG